ACAUAUGUGGAGAAGGUGGCGUUUGUCGGUUGGAGCAAUUUCAGCACUGAGCGCUUUGGCUCCUAUCGCAGCCACUGACUCACUCAGAUCACUGACUCAUGGUAAUCAGAUCACAGACUCUAAGUCUGAGACAACAGAAGACCCCAAUCUUGACCCUGAUGGAAAAGCCAGAUUGUUUUCAAGCCACUACAGAAAUCUAAAAAAGGCCGAUUUUCUUAUUGUUGGAGGAGGCACUGCAGCUUUCGCAGCAAUAAAAGUGCUGAAAGAUGAAGCUGACCGAAAUUGUGUGGGGAAUAUUCUAAUGGUAACUGCAGAACAUCAUGCUCCAUACAUGAGACCUCCGUUAUCGAAACAGCUAUGGAGCUCAAGUGAUGACCUAAAGUUUACAAAUUUUGAUGGAAAAAGACAAUCAAUACUCUACAAAGACGAGUCUUUUUACAGUGAUCAUCCUGACGUUGAGCUGAAAUGCGAUGAAAGUGUCGUGAAAAUUGAUGCGGCGUCAAAGACAGCUGUUUUGAGCUCAGGGGAAGUUAUACAGUUCAGCAAAUGUCUGCUAGCUACAGGAGCUUGUCCAAAAGAUUUAGAUCUUCUUAAUAAGCAUCCAAGCCACAUUGUGCGAGAAAAUCACAGUGUUUUCAGGACGGUCGAAGACUUCAAACAGCUGAAAGCUAAGUUGAGACCGAAUAGCAAAGUUGCUGUGAUUGGAGGCGGUUAUCUUGGCUGUGAACUGUCUAUAGCUUUGGCCGCACUGCGUGACAAAAACAUUGAAGUAGUUCAAAUCAUACCCGAAUCGGGCUACAUGGGUUUAGUCUUACCAGAAUUUCUAAGUAAAUGGAUUGGGAGUAAGGUUAAAUCUAUGGGUGUCAAAUUUCGAGAGAAAACUCGCCUGAAAUCGGUUAACGCCCUUUUUGAUGAAAGCCAUGCGAUGGAAUUAGAUCUUACGAAUGGUGAAAAGGUGAGAGCAGAUCAUGUAAUUGUGGCCAUUGGAGUAGAGCCGAGCACUCAACUAGCGGACUCAGCUGGUCUCGAGGUGGAUAAAAAACUAGGCGGUUUCUUCGUAAACAGUGAGCUGGAGUCUUCCGCGCCAGAUAUCUGGGCAGCCGGCGAUGCAUGUUCAUUCUAUGACACCAAAAUGAAAUGCAGAAGAAGAGUUGAACACCAUGAUCACGCAGUUGUUAGCGGAAAACUUGCUGCGAAGAACAUGUUAUCGUCUGCGAACUCAUGUAAUGAGAAACAGGGGAUAAAUAAUGGAAAUGCUUCGAAAAGUCCUGAGGCGUUUCAUCAUCAGUCAAUGUUUUGGGGCGACUUUGGUGACAGUUACGGUUACGAAGCAAUUGGCCUUGUAGAUUCAAAACUUCCCGUGAAAGCUUAUUUUAAACAAGGAAACUCGUUUGUGGUCGUAGAAUCAGGCAAAGAAGUACAAUCAGAUUUGGAUCUAAGCGAGGGAGUUUUGUUCUACUUAGACCCUAGUGAUCGGGAGGCGAAGAAGAUUGUUGGCGUAGUGUGCUGGAAUAUGUUCGGAAAAAUUCCAUUCGCUCGAAAUAUUGUUGGAGAAAACUUUUCAGAAAAUGACACUGAUAAACUAAUAAAGAAUUUUAUUGUCUGAUUUUAGAGUUAAUAAUUUAAAGAACUAAUACUAA